AUGGAAGUAGAGAAUGGUAGUGAUGAGUUAGGAAAUAAUCAUGAGCAGCGUGAUGAAGCAACAACGUCGGAGAAUAAUGAUUCUACUGACAUUUUAUUAAUGGUGGUUGGAACUAUCGGUGCUGUUGGAAACGGUUUGGGUUUACCUCUCAUGACUUUGUUGUUUGGUCAAAUGAUUAAUAGUUUCGGUAGUAACCAAUCUAACACAGAUGAUGUUGUUGAACAAGUGUCCAAGGUAUCUCUGAAAUUUAUAUAUUUGGCAGUAGGAUGUGGGGUGGCAGCAUUUUUCCAGGUGAGUUGUUGGAUGGUUACCGGAGAAAGACAAGCGGCGAGAAUUAGAGGAUUGUAUUUGAAAACAAUAUUAAGACAAGAUGUUGCUUUCUUUGAUAAAGAAACAAACACAGGAGAAGUUGUAGGGAGAAUGUCUGGUGAUACUGUUCUAAUUCAAGAUGCAAUGGGUGAGAAGGUUGGGAAAUUUCUGCAGCUGAUAGCAACAUUCAUUGGUGGUUUUGUGAUAGCAUUUAUCAAAGGGUGGCUUCUUACUCUUGUUAUGAUGUCGACUCUUCCGCUUCUUGCUGUGUCAGGUGCUGUCAUGGCUGUUAUUAUAGGCAAGAUGGCUUCUAAAGGUCAAACCGCUUAUGCAAAAGCUGCACAUGUUGUUGAACAAACAAUUGGAUCAAUAAGAACUGUUGCGUCCUUUACUGGCGAAAAGCAAGCAGUGUCUAAUUAUAGAGUAUUUCUUGUAGAUGCUUACAAAUCAGGAGUUUUUGAAGGUACUAUAGCUGGAGUAGGCCUAGGCACAGUUAUGUUUGUUAUUUUCUGUGGUUAUGCUUUAGCUGUAUGGUUUGGUGCAAAGAUGAUAAUGGAAAAAGGAUAUAAUGGUGGCACCGUGAUUAAUGUGAUUAUCGCCGUGUUAACUGCUUCCAUGUCUCUAGGACAGGCAUCACCAAGUCUGAGUGCUUUUGCGGCAGGUCAGGCGGCGGCUUAUAAAAUGUUUGAGACAAUUAAGAGGAAGCCAGAGAUAGAUGCUUAUGAUCCAAAUGGAAAAACAUUAGAAGAUAUUCAAGGUGAAGUAGAGUUAAAGGAAGUUUAUUUUAGUUAUCCUGCAAGACCUGAAGAACUGAUAUUCAAUGGAUUCUCUCUUCAUAUACCGAGUGGUACAACUGCGGCAUUAGUUGGACAAAGUGGAAGUGGAAAGUCCACCGUUAUCAGUUUGGUAGAAAGAUUCUAUGAUCCACAGGCAGGUGAAGUUCUUAUUGAUGGCAUUAACAUGAAAGAAUUUCAGCUCAGAUGGAUCAGAGGGAAAAUUGGUCUUGUCAGCCAGGAGCCAGUGCUGUUUUCGUCCAGCAUUAAGGACAACAUUGCUUAUGGUAAAGAUGGAGCCACAAUUGAAGAGAUAAGAUCUGCGUCUGAACUUGCAAAUGCUGCCAAAUUCAUUGAUAAAUUGCCACAGGGAUUGGAUACAAUGGUUGGUGACCAUGGAACCCAGCUCUCUGGUGGACAGAAGCAGCGCAUUGCCAUCGCAAGAGCAAUCCUUAAGAAUCCAAGAAUUCUUCUUCUAGAUGAAGCUACAAGUGCACUUGAUGCAGAAUCUGAAAGAGUAGUUCAAGAGGCUCUAGAUAGGAUCAUGGUCAACAGAACCACGAUUGUGGUUGCACAUCGCUUGAGCACAAUUAGGAAUGCUGACAUGAUUGCUGUAAUCCAUAGAGGGAAAAUGGUUGAGAAAGGCACACACUCAGAAUUACUAAAGGAUCCUGAAGGAGCUUAUUCACAACUCAUACGCUUACAAGAAGUAAAUAGAGAAUCAGACGAAAGUACAGAUAAUAAUGGCAAGAGAGAGCUUUCUGCAGAAUCCUUUAGACGUUCGAGUCAAAAGAAGUCGCUUCAAAGAUCUAUCAGUAGGGGAUCAUCUUUAGGGAAUAGCAGUCGCCAUUCAUUUUCAGUUUCAUUCGGUUUACCAACAGGUGUUAAUGUCACUGAUCCUGAAAUUGAAGAUUUACCAACCAAAGAAAAAGCACAAGAAAUUCCACUAAGUCGCCUUGCUUCCCUCAACAAGCCAGAGAUUCCAGUUUUACUAUUUGGAUGUUUAGCUGCCAUAGGAAAUGGUGUCAUACUUCCAAUAUUCGGCAUUCUGAUUUCUAGCAUCAUCAAAACAUUUUAUGAACCGUUUGAUGAGAUGAAAAAGGAUUCCAAGUAUUGGGCAUUAAUGUUUAUGCUCCUUGGUUUUGCAUCAUUGGUGGUGAUUCCAGCACGUGGUUAUUUUUUCUCCGUGGCUGGAUGCAAGUUAAUCGAACGUAUCAGGCUAAUAUGUUUUGAGAAGGUGGUGAGCAUGGAGGUUGGUUGGUUCGAUGAGCCUGAAAACUCUAGCGGCGCAGUUGGUGCAAGGCUUUCAGCAGACGCUGCUUCUGUCCGUGCGCUUGUUGGUGAUGCAUUAGGAUUGUUGGUUCAGAAUUUGGCUACUGCAUUGGCUGGUUUGAUUAUUGCUUUUGUUGCGAGUUGGCAGCUCGCAUUGAUUAUUCUUGUCUUGAUUCCUCUGAUUGGAUUAAACGGAUACGUUCAAAUGAAAUUCAUGAAGGGAUUCAGCGCAGAUGCAAAGAUGAUGUACGAGGAGGCUAGUCAAGUUGCAAAUGAUGCAGUUGGAAGUAUAAGAACUGUGGCAUCUUUUUGUGCCGAAGAUAAGGUUAUGGAACUAUAUAGAAAGAAAUGUGAAGGUCCCAUGAAAACAGGAAUAAGGGAAGGGAUAAUCAGUGGAACAGGUUUUGGAGUUUCAUUUUUCUUAUUGUUUUGUGUCUAUGCAACGAGUUUCUACGCAGGAGCUAGACUUGUGAAAGCUGGGGACGCAACAUUUUCAGAUGUUUUCCGGGUUUUCUUUGCAUUAACUAUGGCGGCUCUUGGUGUUUCUCAGUCAAGUUCCUUUGCUCCUGACUCCAGUAAAGCAAAAUCAGCUACUGCUUCGAUAUUUGGAAUGAUUGAUAAGAAAUCUAAGAUAGAUCCAAGUGAUGAAUCCGGUACCACUCUAGACAACGUUAAAGGCGAAAUUGAACUUCGUCAUAUAAGCUUCAAGUAUCCAUCUAGGCCUGAUAUUCAGAUUUUCCGAGACCUCAACUUAACCAUCCAUUCUGGCAAGACAGUAGCACUUGUUGGUGAAAGUGGAAGCGGGAAAUCAACAGUGAUUUCUUUGUUGCAAAGAUUUUAUGAUCCUGAUUCAGGUGUCAUUACACUUGACGGGAUAGAAAUUCGUCAGUUACAACUUAAGUGGUUAAGGCAGCAAAUGGGUCUGGUAAGCCAAGAGCCAGUAUUAUUCAAUCACACUAUACGUGCUAAUAUUGCUUAUGGAAAAGGUGGAAAUGCAACUGAAGCAGAAAUCGUAGCUGCCUCUGAAUUAGCCAACGCUCAUAGAUUCAUCAGUGGCUUACAGCAGGGUUAUGAUACAAUAGUGGGAGAGAGGGGAACUCAAUUAUCAGGUGGACAGAAACAAAGGGUGGCCAUUGCACGUGCUAUAAUCAAAAGUCCAAAGAUAUUGUUACUUGAUGAGGCCACUAGUGCAUUGGACGCUGAGUCAGAGAGAGUUGUUCAAGAUGCAUUGGAUAAAGUAAUGGUGAAUAGAACCACUGUGGUUGUGGCACAUCGUUUGUCUACAAUUAAAAAUGCAGAUGUUAUUGCUGUUGUCAAGAAUGGUGUUAUAGUAGAAAAAGGAAGGCACGAAACACUUAUUAAUGUGAAAGAUGGAUUUUAUGCUUCCUUAGUUCAACUUCAUACAAGUGCUAAAACAGUAUGA